GACAGUCUGAUCUCACCAUCAUUUCUACUGAAGCAAAAUGAAAUACUUCUAUUUCUUCUUUUUCUUCUUCUUUUUCUGUGGGGAACUUCCCAGCCCCCCCAGACCCCACUUUGGGAACCCCGGAACCAGACUCUGCCCUCCUGUCUGAUGCCCGUCUCUCCCUCUCCUCUCCCUCUCUCUCUCAAGUGGGUGGUCCGGUGAGAUUUUCGGGGCGGGGUCCUCUUUCAACCCUCCUACCCUCGUUCUUUCUUGAAACAUGCUUUAAUAGAGAAAGUAUGUAAUGCAUACUGCUUCAGCUACAACCCCCCAAUUAUACUGCAACUGGGGUAUUCGUGACUGGACGUCUGGAGGGAUCACACACAUUUCCGAUUAGAGGAGGAGGAGGGAGAGAGAGAGAGAGAGAGAGAGCGAGACAGAGAGAGGGGGAGAGAGAGAGUGAGAGAGAGAGAGAGAGAGGGGGGAGGGAGGGAGAGAGAGAGUUUACUCUUUCAUUCCAACCAAUGAGACGGUCGAUACACUAACAUUUUCAUAGUUGUGCAGGAGCACAAAGUGAGCUGACUGUGUGAACUUCCAGGUAAAACUGCAAACCGACUCAAGCUCCUGAUACUCAGGUCUUCUCCUCUUUAAGCCCUCGAGGCCGCUCCUUCAGGCUUUGAUGCCCACACUCUUAGACGCAGGUGGACAGACACAGGCAUGAGUAACAGUGGGACCAAAGAGCCGUCUCCCCAGCCGAGCACCGCCCAGUCUCCUCCUGAGCCUCAGCGCAGGGGCAGGGGUCGGCCACGGAAACAGCAGCAGGAGCCUGUUGGACCACCAACUCCAAAGCGGCCAAGAGGACGACCGAAAGGCAGCAAGAACAAAGGCCCGAAAACUGCACUGAAGAAAGUAGAGCCUGUUGGGGAGCGACGACCACGUGGAAGACCGAGGAAAUGGCCCCAGAAAGUAGUUCAAGAAGUAACCCAACAGCAGCAGGCCCCUUCAGAAGAGGCUGAGGAGGGUCCCUCGCAGCUUGAGCCCUCUACAUCUCAGGUUCCAGAGCAGGAGGAAGGGGAGUAGAUAGGCUACCUCUCUACCUACCUCAAGGUUUGGCCUCAGACAAACAGGGGUUGAGCCUGACUCCUAUCUGUGAUGGGGAUUCAGGAACACACACACACUCACACACAAAAUCAUUGCAGACAGUGGUUUCUUCUCGCGAUCUGAUACUGUACCCUGGUUUUGUUGGUUCACUAUAAGAGUUUGGUGAACAAGCUCUGUUUUAGCAUCAAUGAAUUUAAUCUUCGGAUAUGGCUUUUUUUUUUUUUUUUUUGGGAAACACACUUACAUUUUCUGUCAAGAGUAAGAUGAGACGAUUGAUACCACUCUAAUGUCUGUAUAAUACAUAUUACAUUACUGCCAGCAGAUAAUUAGCUUAGCUUAGCACAAAGACUGAAAACAGGGGGAAACUGCUAGCCUGGCUCUGUCUAAAAAUGACAAAAACUGCCUACCCGUCCCUCUAAAGCUCCCUUACUAACAUUUGUUUAUGUUGUACACAAACCAAAGUGUAAAAAAUACUUCUUUUUUUUUUACAGUGGUCAUGUGUCUUUGAGUUUUAGAGGUGCUGGUAGGCUUACUGUCUCCAGUGUUCAUGCUAAGUUAACCUUUGUGUGUUGUAUAAGUCUUCUCAUCUAAUUCCAAGCAAGAAAGCCAAAAAGCGUAUUUCCCAAAAUGUCCAACUUUUUAACCUUAAAGGAUUCCUGCUUUCCUGAACCUCUCAGUGUGUGUGUGCAUGUGUGUAAGAGAGUGUUGCGUGCGUGUGUGUGCGUGCGUGCGUGUGUGUGUGUGUGCAGUGCUUGUGUGGAGAGGGGGGUCAGGGUUGUGGGCUAAAAUGAGAGGGGGGUUUCAAGAAAAAAAAGGAACCAAACUAAACCGUUUUUACUGAAACAUGUUUCUAAUUCAAGUGUCAUGAAUCCUCGUAUGAAAUGGGAGCAAGAAGGUGACAUUUUUUAAAAAACAAUGUUACAUAUUACAAACAUGGUGCUCUGAAGUCAUUAUAAUGAAAGUAGACGUGAAGGGUUUUAUUCCAAAAUGAAAUAUCCAAAUCGGGAGGGGAGAAAUGUGUGCUCAGAAUAAAGAAUGCAUAGGAUUACGUAGCUCAGAUGUCAAUGUAAGUACGAGAACAUUAUUCAGGUUAAUACAAACCUCAGUGAAUAUCUUCUUUUCCUUCAAACCAGCAGCUGUUUUAAGAAAAAAAAAAGUUAAAUGGAUGUCUCAUUUUGGAUAAAAAUCCUUCAUUUAUACUUUAGUCAACGACAGUGUUGACAUGUCAUUUUACCACACUCAGGAUUUUACUGUUACAGUGCUUUUACACCAUAAUGAAACCUCAGGUACAAAUCUAUUCAGGAACAUGUUGUCAGUCUACUCAGUAAUAAUUAUUGUGCUGUGUUUGUUGUGCAUUUCUGAUCUGUAUUUGACAUUACCAGUAUGCCUUGACACAAAGACCUCAUUUAAACCUCAGUUGCCCUCAGUUUCUUAAUCUCUCAUUCUACCUCAGUAACACAAAAGACAGACAUACUUCAACAAAGUUUUUCUCCACUCCCGCAGCUGCAGCGACAUAUAUACUUACUGUACACACACACACGCGAACACACACACACACACGGACACACACACACGCGCACACAGACACACACAGGUUCACGUGCAGAUAUACAACGCAGACAGGCAAAGGGUUUUUAGGCCUUACCGACACACAGAAACAAACAGUAUACAAAAUCAAAACAUCAGUGUCAUUUCUUUAAAAAACUGUAUUUGUUAAAAGCUGAUGUGAGACUUGGGAAAUUAAAUGCAGCCAAUAGUUUACAAUAACUUGAUGAAAUACUUGCUUUUUAGGGUGUAGUUCCUCAUGAAAUACUUUUUUUUUUUUUUUUUGGGUCGCUUACUCUUUUCUCAUUUUUACUACAUCAUGUAUUUUCUAAAUCUUACACUGUAAAUUGUAUGUGUGACACUCUUAAUUCAUGUCAUUUGACAGGAAGGGCAGCAAAUAUAUACUGCACAGUGCUGAAAUACAUGACAGAAAUGGAAAACAACAACAAUCACCACUAGGGCUGGGUAUAGUUUUAAAAGAAAUAUGAAGCCAAUACCGAUAGAGUACGUCAUUCAAUACCUCUUGUCGAAGAAGUCAUUGGCCUCGUGAACACGGUGCAGCUGUCCACCCCGAAGUUUUCUCCAUGCCCGAUGAGGUGUUUUAUCAUGUUACUCAUAUUCCCAAUUUUUUCUGAAAUAAUCCUUCCAUAUUUAAUGCAUUUAUUUUUGUCAGACACCACAGGCAUGCAGUAUAGACAUACCUUUGGACAUUUGGUGGCAUCUUGACACUCUGAACUGUCAACUCUGUCAAAUAUACCACGCUUUAUUUCAGCACCACAGUAGCUGGGUUAGUAGGCCAAUCACACACCACAUUAAAUCAAAGUUUGCAGUGAUUGGCUGUGAGCAAAACCAUUCAAAUAGUAUUUUUUUCUAGAGCUGGGUACAAAAAAGAUCAAAUGCAGAUAUUUGACUGGAGAAGUUAUCUCAAUCAAUACCAAGUACAGAUACCCAGCCCUAAUCACCAUAGUUGCCUUACAUGAAAGUUGCUGGAUAAAUUUUGGGUAAUUAAUUAAAUCUAAACUGCAUCAUUACCAGUUUUUGAGAGAAAAGAUUACCCAAUUUGUUUUUGACCUUCCUAUUUGGCUAUUAAAAGCGAGAGUGUAACUUUUGGUGAUCACUGACCACUGUGGCCUCACAAUGUAACAAUAAUACAUGCAAAAAUAAGUGUAACAGAAGCACAAGUAGAAAUUAGUUAAGUCAGCAAAUGAACUACAUUGUUUAUGACAUCUAUCUGAAGUUAGCUGUUAUACGUAACUGUUCAGUCCUGAUCAAGUGAAGCUGUAGCAGGAAAACUUUUGAUUGUAUUGAGUUGAGUCAUUUAUCGCUUAUUAUAAUUCAACUUUUCAUUUGUGGCUCGUGUUGCAAAAGUUUUGGACUCAUUUCACCCAAAUUACAAAAAUAACCUACAUUAUUCUCUCACCUACCUCUAGUGGUAUCCAGCCAUGCAAAUAGUUUUGGUUUUAUUUGGCCAGGUUUAAAGAUAUCUGUUCCUUCUUCUGGCACAUCGGUACAAUAGGAAUGAUUGGAAUUUUGUUUGUGGUCGCACUAUUGUGCUUAUAGUGUUGAAAAGAGAAACAAAACUAUCUGCAUUAUAAAAUACCAAUAGAGUUUAAGUGUAAAAAUUCUUUUUAGAUUUUAAAUUGUAGGGUUAACUCAUUAAAAUAGUAGUACAUUUUAUCUUUAAUGAACGAGUAAUAAGUCAGCAUAACCUACUAAUAUCUAUAGAAUAAUAUUGGUAUUCUGGUGGACUUCGGAUCUCUUUGUCCUUUUGUCUAUCUGUCAAAGGUAAAGAGGUUUCAGGUCUCCAGUUUGGUUUUACAAAAAUGUUUUUGAGACCUUGUGGCCAGGAUUUCUGCACUUAAACUGACAGCCUGUUGCAAAUACUUCCUGAGAUUCUGCCCCUGUGUCAUCAUGUGUGGUAGACAUUUAUCGAACAUGAACUACAUGUCACUUACUAGUUGUUUAUUACAUGACUUGAAUAUCACCCAUCAUUUACUGUAUAUAUCAAGUGUUUCUUCCACUUAAAACUUGCUUAUUUUAUCACUGAUGAUAUGUUGUAUCCCAGUAAUUUUAUGUAUUUCAGCAUUGUUGACUAAGUUGCUGCCAGAGGUGCUUAAUUCAUUUACAGACAGUUAUGUUAUGUUUUCUUGUUCAACUGCAUUGACUUUACGUUUUUUGCCCUCUGGACUACCUCUGAAAACUAACAAGCCUGGGACAUCUCUGAGGAAGUUUUUGGUUACUCGUACAUAACCUUUUUCCAUCAGACCUGCAGGCGAUGUGGAUGAUGAAAUCUUGAAAUAACUGUCAAACUAGUACUGUUGUAGUCCACUCAUCUCAUCUCACACUCUCAUUCAUGUCACCAUAAUGAAUGGAAGUCAGCCUGAAGGGUUCCUGUUAAUUUAACUACAGCUGAGUCAAUGUUUGUUAUUUUACACGAGCUGUGUCUGGAUAUUUACUCUCUAUAUGGGGACAAUGUUGUUCUGUGAUCUUACUGAUAGUUAUAUAGUUACAUACAGUACUUGAUCCAUUUUCAGCUAUUGAAAAGUUGAAGUGUAACUUGAGAAAUCAUCUUUUAUGCCUUACUUUUAACACCAUUUUGUAGUUAUGUUAUUGAUGUGUCCUCAUCCACUUCAUUAAUACAACUCACAAACCUGUGAUAUAUAUUUUG